UGCAAACACAUUGACUUUCCAUCACUCCAGCACCCAAUACCUAAUUAAUCACACAAUUAAUCCCUUUUUGGUAUUAAUUAAUUCAAUCAAUGGCAAUUAUUAGGAUUUUCCCAAAAUUCUUUAUUCCCUUUCUCCUACUCCUUUCCUCAAGCUUCUGCAUCCAUCUCACUUGUGCCGACACUGGAGACUGGCAGACUGCACAUGCAACUUUUUAUGGUGGCAGUGAUGCUUCUGGCACAAUGGGCGGAGCUUGUGGAUAUGGCGACUUGUACAAGACAGGGUAUGGUACAGACAUUGCAGCAUUGAGUACCGCCCUUUUCAACGAUGGCUUGGCAUGCGGCUCAUGCUACGAGAUCACGUGCACCGGGCCGAACUGCGUGCCAGGAAGCAUCACAAUCACCGCCACUGACCUUUGCCCGCCGAACACGAGCUUGCCCAGCGACAACGGCGGCUGGUGCAACCCUCCCCGCCCACACUUCGACAUGUCCCAGCCUGCCUACUUGAAAAUCGCCAUUUACAAGGCCGGAAUUGUCCCUGUUUCUUACCGCAGGGUAUCUUGCAUUAAGAAAGGAGGAAUAAAAUUCACCAUCAAAGGAAACACUUACUUCAACUUGGUUUUAGUUAGUAACGUCGGCGGUGCCGGAGACGUUCAUUCAGUGUCCAUUAAGGGAUCAAAAACUGAGUGGCAACCGAUGUCAAGAAAUUGGGGCCAAAAUUGGCAAAUCAACACUGUUUUGACCGGUCAAAGUCUUUCAUUCCAAGUUACAACCAGUGACAGAAAGACGGUCGUCAGUAACGAUGUUAUGCCCUCAAACUGGCAAUUUGGUCAAACUUUUGAAGGGGCUCAAUUCUGAUCUCAAUGCUUCAAGACGCAAUAAAAGAACCUAUAGAGAAAGUUUUUCUUUUUCUUUGUAGAUCUAGAUUAUUCUAGAACUAGAAUAGGAUUUCUUGAAAUCAAAUAAUGUUUUAAAUAAGACAAAUUUUAUAGUACCUUAUCAAUACUUUCUUCUGAUUCACGGCCAAUUAGAAUAAAGCAGUUGAGUAAUUUCUUUAUAAAUAUAUGAUGAAAUAAUGACACAAAUUAAUGAAAUCUCAUAUCCU